AAAGUUAAGAAACCCUGAUUAUCGAGUUGUGUGAGAUCUGCAAAACAAUACAAAGGGAGCCCCUCUCUUUCUUCUUCUUCUUCUUCUUCUUCUUCGUUAGAGAGAGGGUUUUUCACCAGAGCAAAAAAAACAAAGAUUGCCUUACUUGGAUCUAUCUAUAUAAACAUCUUUCUCCUUUUUCUAUUUCUAUUUUAUUUUUUCAAAAUAUGAGGAUUCGCAAGAACGCAAACCUCUCCUCGCUCAUUUCUUCGCACGCUUCCGGCCCUGAGUCCCUACAAACACACGUGUGCCAGCUAAACCAAUCACCAUGGGAUGUGAUUCCUUUCUCUCAAGAGACUUACCCAUCUUCGCUUCACCAGUUCGAAGAAGAAGAUAGCUUUAAUGGAAAUGGGAGCUUAGGUAAUUCUAUUGGUGCCGUUGAGAGCAGCAGCGUCGCUUCGUUAAUGGAGGACGCAGAAGACAAGGCAGCGAUGACGGUCGAUAAUAUGAUUAUCGACGAUAAUUAUGAAAUGGAAAGGAUAGCAGAGAAGAAGCGAGUAUUUGACGAUUACCAAGAAAUGAAGAUAGGUAGCGAAUUCAAGUUGAAGAAAGGCGGAAAACUACAUUGCUGCAAUAAAACCGAUGGCAAAGGCUGGCAUUGCAAAAAUGAAACUAAAGAAGGUCACUCGAUAUGCGACCAUCACUUUAUCUUGCUCAAAUCCUAUAAUAAUGUUUCAAAUUCUUGUAUUAGUCUCCCUACCAGUCCAUCUACUAAGAAACAAGAAAAAGUUAAUCUCGCUGGAGGUCGUCGCGGCCGGGGAAAGGCAGCAAAGAAAGGGUCAUCGUCGACAUCGAAUCCGUAUGAAUUCUAUUAUUAUUCUGGGUUUGGGCCGUUGUGGGGAAAGAGAAGAGGAGGAGAUAAAUUCGGAGAAGGUAACAAGAACGAAAGUAAAGAAAGUGAGAUUAAUGGCAUGGACAUUGGUCCUCGAAAUACGACGCCGUCUCCUACUACUUGUUCGUCAAUUGAACAUCACGAAGAGUUCGAUUUUGUGGAUGAAGACGAUGACGAUGAAGAGGAUAGCGAAAAUGGCGACAGCGGGGCCAAGAAACGGAUGCGGAAACCUGUAAAAGCAAGAUCUUUGAAAUCGCUUAUGUAAAAGAGGGUUUGGGGCAGAAGGGAAGGGAAACGAAAAUGCUAGUUAAUUAUUUUUAUUUUUAUUUUUAUUGUUGUUUUAGGGUUAGGGUGUUUGUUUGUUAUAAUUUUGGUGCAUAGUUUGUUCUGUGGUAUCAUGGGUAAUGUUAGACUUUCUCUGUAACAUGACAGUAGGAGUAAGUUUAGGGUGUGAACGAAGCAGACUGCAGACUUUGCACCUUAGUCAACUGUUGCCCCUAAAGGAUGGGUAGUUUCGUAAUUUAAGUUUUCCUUUAUGUAGUUAGUAUAUUUUACAUUUUCC